AUGGGUCACUCGCACGGUUUGAGACGCGGCACCCGGUAUGCCUUCGCUCGUAACUUCAAGGAGCAUGGCCAGAUUCGCCUGUCGACCUACCUGAAGACCUACCGGGUCGGCGACAUUGUCGACAUCCACGUCAACGGUGCCGUCCAGCAGGGUAUGCCCCACAAGGUCUUCAACGGUAAGACCGGUGUCGUCUACAACGUGACCAAGUCGUCCGUCGGUGUCCUCCUCUACAAGAUCGUCGACAACCGCUACAUCGAGAAGCGCGUCAACGUCCGCAUUGAGCACGUCAAGCACUCCCGCUCCCGUGAGGACUUCAUCAAGCGUGUCAAGGAGAACGCCGAGAAGAAGCGCCAGGCCAAGGAGCAGGGUGUCCACCUCCACUUGAAGCGCCAGCCCGCCCAGCCCCGUGAGGCUCACACCGUCGAGGGUGCCACCCCCGAGACCAUCGCCCCUGUUGCUUACGACACUCACAUUUAA